AUGUCUAACCCUCCUCAUGGUGGUGUCCUCAAGGACCUCUUCGCCAGAGACCUCCCCCGUCACGAUGAGCUCGUUGCUGAAGCCGAGACCCUCCCUGCCAUCACCCUUACUGAGCGUCAGAUCUGUGAUCUCGAGCUCAUCCUCAACGGUGGCUUCUCUCCCCUGGAGGGCUUCAUGAACGAGAAGGACUACGAUGGUGUCUGCGCUGAGUCCCGCCUCGUUGAUGGAAACCUCUUCCCCAUGCCAAUCAACCUCGAUGUCACCAAGGAGGCCAUCGAGGAGAAGGGUAUCAAGCCUGGUGCUCGUAUCACCCUCCGUGAUUUCCGUGACGAGAACAACAUUGCCAUCAUCACCGUCGAGGAUGUCUACAGGCCAGACAAGAAGAAGGAAGGUGAGCUCGUCUUCGGUGGAGACCCAGAGCACCCUGCCAUCGUCUACCUCCAAAACACCACCAAGGAGUUCUACGUUGGUGGAAAGCUCGAGGCCGUCAACAAGCUCAACCACUACGACUAUGUCGGUCUUCGAUUCACCCCUGCUGAGCUCCGUGCUCACUUCGACAAGCUUGGCUGGACCAAGGUUGUUGCUUUCCAGACCCGUAACCCCAUGCACAGAGCUCACCGUGAAUUGACUGUUCGCGCUGCUCGUGCCCGUCAGGCCAACGUUCUCAUCCACCCAACUGUUGGUCUCACCAAGCCUGGUGACAUUGAUCACUUCACCCGUGUCCGUGUCUACGAGGCUCUUCUCCCCCGUUACCCCAACGGUAUGGCCGCUCUCGGUCUCUUGCCCCUUGCCAUGAGAAUGGGUGGUCCCCGUGAGGCUCUUUGGCACGCUAUCAUCCGUAAGAACCACGGAUGCACUCACUUCAUCGUCGGCCGUGACCACGCUGGUCCAGGAAAGAACUCUGCCGGUCAGGAGAUGUACGGCCCAUACGACGCCCAGCACCUCGUUGAGAAGUACCGUGAUGAGCUCGGUAUCGAGGUUGUCGAAUUCCAGAUGCUCACCUACCUCCCCGACACCGAUGAGUACCGCCCACACGACCAGGUUCCAGAGGGUGUCAAGACCCUCAACAUCUCCGGAACUGAGCUCCGCAAGCGUCUCCGCACCGGUGCCAGCAUUCCCGAGUCCUCCGUGACUCCAACCCUCCUCGUGCCAAGCACAGGAUUCACUGUCUUCCUCACUGGUUACCUUAACUCCGGAAAGGCUGCCAUCGCCCGUGCUCUCCAGGUUACCCUUAACCAGCAGGGAGGCCGCCCAGUCUCCCUCCUUCUCGGAGACACUGUCCGUCACGAACUCUCCUCCGAGCUCGGCUUCUCCCGUGAGGACCGUGACAAGAACAUCCAGCGUAUCGCCUUCGUUGCCUCCGAGCUCACCAAGGCCGGCGCCGCUGUCAUUGCCGCCCCAAUUGCUCCAUACGCUCACUCCCGUGACGCUGCCCGUACCACCAUCUCCAGCAAGGGCACCUUCUUCCUCAUCCACGUCGCCACCUCUCUCGAGUACGCCGAGAAGACCGACAAGCGUGGUGUCUACGCCCGUGCCCGCCGCGGUGAGAUCCAGGGCUUCACUGGUGUCGACGACCCAUAUGAGGCUCCCACCAACGCCGACCUCACCGUCGACACCGAGAAGCAGUCCGUCCGCUCCAUCGUCCACGAGAUCAUCCUCAUGCUCGAGAGCCAGGGCUUCCUCGAAAGAUUCUAA